GUAUAAUAAACACCGCCAGGGCAAGAAGGGAAGAAAACAGGGUGCUCAAACUCAAAGCUGCUCGAGGAAAAUGGAGAUCUCCUCCUCCUCCUUUCUCUCUUCCUUUCUCCUCCUCCUUCUCCUCUCCUCCUCCCUCACUUCAGCUACUGAUAGUACAAACAAUCCUGCAGAUCAACUGGUGGCAGUAAUCAACACCAACCGAACCUCGUCCAAUUCCCCAAGACUCUUUGACAAUGCAGGCCUUGGCUGCAUUGCCUUGGAGUACAUCAAGGGCUACAACGGUGAAUGCAACAAGGUAGGUGAAAUGAUGAGGCCACCUAACUCCAGCUUCACUGACACCUUUGCCCCCAAUUGUGGUGUUGAGGUUGCAACACUUGCACCAAUCUCUGGCCGCCUGAUUGCCUGCCAGAGCUCCUAUGCCUCUCCCCAGGAUGCCUUUAACAUUUUGGUUGACGAUGCUCGAAGCUUACAGAUUCUCCAUAAUAGGAACCACACCACGGUAGGAGCUGCAGUGAGUGGCACGGAUGGGGGCUCACCAUAUUUUUGGUGUGUGCUGUUCAGUAAUGGGAAGGGGAACAAUAGCUUUGUGCUUGAGGGAGGCGUCGCAAAGGAUGUCCAUCCAGGGUGUUUCAGUGGCAAUAACGAUGAUUGCAGCGCUGCCAAAGGGUUGAGCAAGAGAUUGGGGGUUGUGGUGGCUACAAUGUUGGUUACUUUGGCUUAUGUUUUUGGGUUGUGAGUGAGGUAGAUUGUAAAAGGAGGAACACCACACCAUUCUUGCUCUUAGUUCAUUUUUUUUUUUCAAUGAAAAAACUGGGGAUUAUAAGAGAGGUUUUGGUUAGUCAUCAUUGUAAACUUAUGAUUUGUUCUUCAUUGUUCCAUUGAGUAUCUAUUCAAGAUUCUUGUCUUUGUUUUA